AUGUCUUGUUUCCAGAACUUGUCUCACGUACUUGACGACACCUUUUCUGCAACUGUCCAGUCAGAAGACGAGUUGGACUACUCAUCCGCGACUCUCAUCUUGGCUGGAUUAUUGCAAAUACAUGCACGUACGCCGCGUUACGCAUCUCACAAAGCACGACUAGAAUCGUUUCCAAAGAGCAUCUAUUCAAAGGAUUUUGUGAAGGAGUCAUCAAUUCAGAGAUCAAUAUCUCCUAUUCCAUCUGCUUCUGAGUUAGCCUCAGCGGGAUUUUUCCACACUGGUUCUGGAGAUGAAACUGUCUGUCCUGCCUGUGGUCUAGGCCUGCGUGAUUGGCAGGUCACAGAUCAACCCGAAGCUUGCCAUAUUGCAUAUUCUGCUGCAGCUACAGCCGCUAUAGAGAUGAGUUCCGGAGACGGCCUUUGUCGUCCGCCAGUACCGACUAUGCCAUGUCUCUAUCUCAUUGUUCAUCGUCUUCUCGUUUCCGAAAUUCCUCUCGCUCGUAAAUGUUUGGUUCCAGUUGGACAAGUGCAAUCAGUUCGAGGUCUUCCUGGCGUAACCUCACGACCUGUAGUUCAUGUCACCGACCAGUCUUCUCAAAAUUCCACCUGUGAAUAUCCAUCUUUAGCAGAUAGACUCUAUGCGAUUGCUCAGAUAAUGACUGCAUCUCCAGCACCCCAAGCUUGGCCAGUAGAAAACGCACGUGCGUUGGGUCAUUCAGAUGACCUAAUCGUUCUUGCUUUAUGGCGCUUACAAGCAGAAGCUGCUGGAAUGGGACUUGCAUGUCCACCAAUGAAGUCGAUACACAUUGACCCUCAAGCCACUACAGAAUUACUGAAAGCAAUACUUCGAGUCCAAGAAUGUUACGAUACGUCCCUAAGGAAUAAUCUCGAAUUUGAUCUAGAUGAUUUUGAUGAUGAAGAAGUGCAUUCCACUAGUGAGUCACUAAGUGGAAGUAGUGAAGGUGAUAUAACAGCAGAAGAUGCGGAAACAGCAGCUUUAUCACGGUGUCGUCGGUGUUUGCGACCACCACAAUCAUUUAGUGACUCCGCUUCAUCUCCACGUUCAGUGGAAUCAUAUAGACUACAGAUGAAGAGAAUUCGCCUCCCACGGUUUUAUCAAUUCCUGGUUUGGUGGGCGCACAGAUGGCCUGCAUCUCAGAAUGGUUAUCCUAUGAAAUAG